AUGGGUGAUGGACAGAAUUUGGUUACAGAAGAUGUGACCGUCGUAGAGGGAGAAGUUGCCACCAUCAGCUGCAAAGUCAGAAACAGUGAUGACUCCGUGAUUCAGCUCUUGAAUCCCAAUAGACAGACGAUUUAUUUCAGAGACUUCAGACCUUUGAAGGACAGCAGGUUUCAGUUAGUGAAUUUCUCUAGCAGUGAGCUCAGAGUGUCACUGACGAAUGUCUCCAUUUCGGAUGAAGGAAGAUACUUCUGCCAACUCUACACGGACCCCCCACAGGAAUACUUUAUGACGAUUACAGUGCUUGUCCCACCACGUAACUUGAGGAUCGAAGCCCAGAAGGAGACCACAGUGGAAGGAGAAGAAAUUGAGCUGAAUUGCACAUCGUUGGCCAGCAGACCACCCACAGUGAUCAGAUGGUUUAAAGGCAACAAGGAGCUAUUUGGUAAAACAGAAGAGGAGCAGUGGUCAGACAUGUUUACAGUGACCAGUCGCCUUUCGUUGAAGGUCAAGCGAGAGGAUGAUGGGGUUGCUGUUGUCUGUCAGGUAGACCAUCCUGCCGUCAAAGACUUGCAGACCAAGUACUACCUAGAUGUAAUGUAUAAGCCUGAAGUGCAAGUCCUGCAGAACUCCCCUGCACAGCCUCUAACGAGAGAAGGAGACCUCCUCGACCUUCUGUGCCAAGUGAAGGGCAAACCAGAGCCUACAGAUGUGUCAUGGUUAAGAGUAGACGACGAGAUGCCUCAACACGUUAUAGUGUCAGGUUCAAACCUCCACAUUAACAGCCUAAACAAAAGCGAUAACGGCACAUACCGCUGCAAGGCUUCCAAUGAAGUGGGGAUGUCCUUUUCCGAUUACACACUUUAUGUAUACGAUCCCCCCACAACUCUCCCUCCACCCACAACAACCACAACCACUACCAUCCCUGCCACCACCACAGACACAACGGCGACGACAGAACCGGCAGUUCACGGCUUUACUCAGUUGCCAAAUUCCGCCGAAGAGCUGGACUAUGGGGAUCUCUCAGAUUCUCGAGCAGGUGAGGAAAGUGCCAUCACCGCUGUGGACCAUGCCGUGAUUGGUGGAGUCGUGGCCGUGGUGGUCUUUGCGAUGCUCUGUCUCCUUAUCAUUCUGGGACGAUACUUUGCAAGACACAAAGGUACAUACUUCACUCACGAAGCCAAAGGAGCUGACGAUGCGGCCGACGCAGACACAGCUAUAAUCAAUGCAGAGGGAGGACAGAACAACUCUGAAGAGAAGAAAGAGUACUUCAUCUAGAUCCGUCUUGAUUUCCAUGAGGUGUCCAACUGCGGACAGUUACUGGCCCUGUGUAGAAGAUACAGACUGUGAUGUUGGAAGUUGCUACCACCUUAUGGUUUUGGUUUUUUUUUAAACUUUGUCUCUUUUCUGUCUUUUUCUUUCUUUUCCCUUCCAGUGCUGUUUAUUUUUAUUUCUUUUCUUUUUUUAUUGAAUGGUUGGCAAAGUGUGGGGAGCAUCGAGGAUUCCCUGUGUAAUAGAGUUCUUUGUAAAGUACAUUCUGCUGUUUGGCACCUCAGUUCCUUUGGGUUUUUAAUUCUCGGGCCGAGUCCAACUUGGAUUUAGUUUAGUCCCAUCAUUUGCAGAAAAUUCUGUGCCUUGUUUUAUUUCUCGUUUCGUUGGGAGGGGAGGGGUGGAGAGCAGAUGGUUUCAUAUUCUUUUUUUCUUCCUAGCUUCUCUUGGAAUUGCCUGCUGGGAUCCCUUGAAAGUAGACUUGGUUUUCUUUCUUUUCUUUUAAGUGUUUUACCUUCAUUUUUUUAAGCUCCUGGGUUGUUUUUGGUUGUUGUUGUUGUUGUUUGAAACUGUGUCAUCAAAGGAGAACCGGCACACCUUAGAUUCCAUCGUUUGAAAUUCAGUGUAUUCAUCAUCCACCCUACUCCCUUGUCAUGAGAGCUUGGAAGAACACACUUUUUAGGAGAAUGGUUUGCAGCUGCCCAGGUUUCCAACGCAGCGAAGACUAGCCGAAAUAGGCUGAAACAUCCGGAAUAUGCUCUGCUUUUCAUUGAGACCCAGAACCAUGCUGAGUUACCUGCAAGCAAAGUGGACCCUGGGAGAGAGCAGAGUCUGUCCUUUAUUCUAGGUCUAUAGACUGACUCCUCUUUGCUGGACAUGCCCAUAUUGUCUGUACAGGAACAGGGUAUUGAGCGCAUUUCCCCGGUUCUCACCCUAAACAGCCGUGACAGAUGAGGGCUGCUCCUUUUCGUGCAAGUAGGCAAAUUUGAGUUGUCGCAGAAGGGAAAGCAGGGAGGGAAGAAAUGCGAAGUUCUGCUCUAAUUAUUUUCUGUUGCAAAUGAUCCCCACGCUGGCUCCCAAUUGGCCUCGCAUCGCUGUAAUUUACAGGAAACAGGAAAAAGAAAAAACUUUGUGAUGUGAAAGGAAUACGAAUCGGCCGACUUCUUUUUCUUUUUCUUCAUUAUUAUGUUAUCUGUCUUGGUUUGCCCCUUCUUCCUCUCCUCUUCUCUUUUGUAUCUUGCUAAAGAGGGCACAGAGGGUGAGGCGCUAUGAUUGCGGCCUGCAGGUACUGUACAUUACAGGUAUUGGUCAUGCUGAGGUAUCCGUCCACAGACUGUGGAACUUUUCAUUCCUUCAGAUUUGACUUCACAAAAGGCAGGAGAGGAGAGAAGAAAAGACGCCUUGUUUUCAUGCUGGACUGCCCUGCAUCUCUGUUCCAGAAAGGUCAGAGCAGAGGUGGAGAAAUCAGCAUGGAAGGUUUUUCCCCCCUUCCAGUUACUCAAUCCAAACUCUUAAACGCUGAGUUUGUAUGAGGAAAUCAAGAAUACAUAUAUAUAUAUAUUCUUUAUUUCCUUUUCCCUGACUCUGUACCUUCCAAACGCAGCCCCUGGCCUCCUUCCUCAGCCUUAAGAGCCAUCUGCCAAUAAAUUACUGAUCCUUGCAUGAUGGUAGUCAUGGUGAAGAGAUAACUAAAAAUAAGUUUACCUUGUGAGUGUUGGAGAUCUGAAGCCUCGAGAGGAAGAGAGCCAAGUCUGUGUGUCUGCCACUUCCUUUCCUGGGGAGGGGGAAGCAUGGUACCCCACCCCCCCUUGGGGAUAAUACGCUGCUUCUAAACUCUUUUACCAAAAGGAGAAAGCGACGUGUGAUGUGAAUCAGGAUUUUUAUUUUUUUUAAUGAGGCACCAGAUAAAGGGUUGGCAUUAAGAAGAGGCUAGCUCAUGAGGCAACCCCUCAGUUCAUUACGGAAUUAAGGCAUUUGAAGGAUUAAUUUUAGCGGCAGUCAUGUUACGUACAUGCCAAGUUUUAUUAGGGGAGAAUAUCAUCUCUAGAUGUAUUUUAAAAGGCUUUAAAAAAAUAGUUAUGUUUGUGUGUUUUAGGUUUGUUUAAUUGUUGGCAGAGCCAUUCAGAUGCUACCUUUCAACACAAAAUAAAACCCCUUCCCCCUCUUCUUUUUCGUACAGUAUUUUCCUUCCCCGCCCCCCCUCUCCUUUAGCACCAUGAAAACGCAAUCGACCUCUUGCAAAGUUUUGUAACGUGCCCCUCUUGUUUCUCUGCCUUCUGUACUGCUUGAGACAACAGGUCAACCCCAUGGAAGGGCAAAGACAGUGAUUGAAAAAUUGUGGGGGUGGGUUUUGGGGAGGGGGCUUUUUUCUACCCAUUGAUCACAGAACUGGCAUACCGUUCCCUGAGCAGCUCAUCUUUGUUUUGAAAAGUGUACAGUCGUGCAAGUGUUCCCAAUGUAACUUUGACUUAAUAAUGUUGACAUGUCUCAGGUUCAUGUGUUUUGAUUGGUGUUUUCCGUCUCAGGUAGAUCGCGAAAAGUUUUUGGCCCCACACGUUGGAAGAGAACACAACGAGCAACCACAACAGGAACUGAUGGGUUUUAGUUGUAUAUCAAGUUUUAAAGGGUUUUUACUUUUCUUUCCCCCUGCCCCCCUGCAAGUAUACAGUGCACUGUUUGAAAUGUAUUGUUAAGUAUUGAUUUGUACAGGGUUAGAUUACAAGGAUUUUGUUAAGAGUGGAGAAAGAACAAACUUGUUUCCCGGGGGUUUGCAGCUUGGAGAUUUUUCUUGGGCUUUGUGGUUGGGGAGUUUAUUUUUUAUAACAUCAGCAACAGCAAAAUAGGAAUGUUGCCAAGAAAAAUAUGGGAUGCAUAACUGAUGCCAAAUAAGCUUGUUCUUUACUCACCGCCAGUGACAUUUCGUUACUUCUGCCCCCUUAGGCCGAUUCUGUUUUAAGGUGUCCAUGGACAAUGUUGCAGUGUAAGAAAACGCAUAUUCAUAUCUUCCCAUUCACAUUUUGUAUUGGUUCAUGUAUACCAUUUUUACAAAGAAAAAGAAGUACUAUAAAGUAUCUGUCUUCUUAAUAAAAACAAAUUAAUGUUACAAAACUA